AUGGAACCUACUACACGUUGCCACUUGUCAGAGCUUCAUUUUGGCAAUGCGGGCGCCAGACGGGGCCAGGGCGCCGCCUGGGAGACCCGCGGCCGGAAACGCCCCCGCGAGUGGCAAGCCCCGCCGCCCCUGCCCCAAGCACCGGCCGGAGGCAGAGCCGCAGAGGGGCCGGCGCCGGGGGUGGAGGGAGGCGCCAGCCGCCCGCGCCCCUCCCCCGCCCGCAGCGGAAGCGUCUCCGGUUUGAAAGAUGCCGCCGCCGCCCCCAGCCCGCCGAGCCACAAAGGGCCGAGCCCCCUCCCGCCGCGGCCCUCCUCCCCCAAGUCCUCCACAGGUCGUCCCCGGGUACCCCCGCCCGGCGCUGGCGACGCCUGCUCACCCGAGUCCCUCAGUCCCGAGGAUUGGGAUCCGAUGCGGCCGGUGGCCACGAAGACACUGGGCCCCUCACGCGCGGCGGCGGGGGCGUGGCCCUGCUGCCGCGACUAG